AUGAUAUUUACAUCAAGAUGUGACCUACUCCAUGCUGUUCUUUUGACUGUAAUGUUAACUGAAGUUUUGGCGAGGUCGCGAAACACCGCAACCUAUGCUUCUUCAAAGAGAGAUCCAAAUUGGCUGGAUGCAAUUGGCUAUUUAACAAGUCGUCGAAUGUCUAGUGGUCAAACACAGUGGUACCAGAAAGGUACCAAAAGCACACCAUCACCACCAGCUCAAAGCACUAACCGGUAUCAAGUCGAUGAUCAGAACAAGAAAUAA